CCACCAGCACGCUUCACUGAAAACCCGGAAGUUUAGAGACCGCGGGAAAAAGUCGUCACUUCCGGCUACGCGAAGCGGUUCGGGUUGGCGCGAUUGUUUUCCUCGGAGCGAUGCGAUUCUGAAAUGACUUCUCCAGCGAUGUAAAAGGUGUACGGACUUGCAGAGAUGGAGACGAGCGCCAUCGAUGAGCUGUAUGGCGAUCUGGAUCAGGGCAUCCAUGAUUCUGUCCUGGAUUAUAAUGAAGACUCGGUGGAUAUUUACUCGGGACUCGAGGACAGUCCCAAGAGACACAUAAACCAUGGCACCACCACCACCACCACCACCACCUUCCUUUCACCUCACAGAGUGAAGGAGUCUCUGGAUUUGUAUGAGGAACUCCUGACUGAAGAGCAAAAGGAAAAAGACUCGACCUAUAAUGAGAUGAAAAGCAAAUUUGUGGCGGCGCAAAACCAGGUGCAGGAUUUGCUCGCGAAGCUGCAGCAGGUCCAGACGAAGAACUUGAGUUUACACCAGGAGAACACCCUGCUGAAGAAAAACAUAUGCGCCCUUAUCAAAACCGCGAAGAUGGAGAUCGUUAGGAAGGACGAAGAGAUAAGCAAAUUAAGCCGAAGAACAAUCCGAGGGAAUUUCCAUCAGUCCGCAAAGGAACGAGGACAAGCCGCUUACAGCAGGAGCGCCCCUGUAUCCGGAGGGGAGUCUCAAGAGUCUCCGGGAUUCACCAAGGGGAGUUUGGCAUCUGUAGAUGCCACGCCAUCAUCGUUUUCAGUGUUUCGAAGGUGCCAGGUUGAGAAUUCUUUAAAUUUGCAAAAUAAUCAUUCCCAAAGUUCGGAUUCGCUCCCCGACGCCGGCACACAAGAUCAACGGCGUGCCCCGGGUGAUCAAACGUGUUGCACCAGAGACCGUGAAAGCCCAAGCACACACUCAGAGUCUAGCACUGGGCAGAAUGUUUGUGAAGAAACGGAUAUGAGGAAGGAAGCACAGGGUAAAGAAAUUGCCUCAAAACGGAUGGAGGUUUCGGAAAAACAUCAAACCAGACCAGAAAGAGAGCAGAGAGAGCCUUCAAAAAGCAGUUGUGGCUCAGGCAGCAGUCAGCGUCAACAACAGGAUGAUCCGGUAACACUCCGGAUGUCUGGGCGGUCGAAGAGUCCUUCCUCUAGAGCGCUCACGGACACGCAAGGCAGGAAAGAAGAAUCGCGGCAUAAACAAGGGCCCGAAAAGGCUCGCGGAAGCGCAGAGGCGUUGGGCAGACGGAGCGAAAAGGGCAGUUCACACCGAAAGACGGAAAAACGAGGAACGAGGGAGCAUCACAGAAAAGAGGAGAGGAGGCAAGAGGGUAUCAGCAGCUCAGAAAGUAGACGCACCAGAAACGACGGGAUAAAGGAGCGCAGGAAGUCACCUCAAAGCGAAGAAAGGAAAAGACCAGAUGGAAAGAGUAGCAAUGGAGAAGAAAGACGAAGCACAAGGGCUGAGGGUAGCAAAGAAAACGAUCGACAAGGUGCCAAAGAUGCCAUUUCUGUAAGGGACUCCUGUCGCAGCGGUGACGGACCAAAAGACCGAAGCCGUUCUGAUGUACGUGAAAGCAGGCGCCAUUCUUUGCCUGUCAAACCUCACCAUCUGAGAAAAGAUCAAGACGACAAAAGGUCUGGCAGAACCGAAGAGCCAAUGUCCAGGAGCAAAUCAUCGAGCAGUCGUGAUAAUUCACGAGGUGAUACCUAUACGAGUUCUGCCAAGGAGAGGAGCGAUAAAAACAAACGAACUGGGACGUCAUCCAUGAGCGCUCCAGAUAAAGCAAGGAUCCACAAAAGGAGUCAGGGCGAUAAGGUUCAAGCCGAGGGCCGUGCAAAAAGGAUAUCUCCAAUAAGAUUGACCAGCAGCUGCGACGAUGAGAACGCUGCCCUUCCAGAGGAAAGCAGUCCGAAGCGAAAAUUAAGCUUCAUGGAAACUCUGAACCUCACUGUCUCUCCAGUUAAAAAGCAGAACACCUCGGAACGAGCUGAAGAGCCGCCACACCCUGAGGAGACCCUCAUAAGCAACUCAACCAAGGACGGAAAUCCGUUUGAGGUUGGUGAAGAGUUCUGUGUCAUCGAUGAAGUAGCGGAUGACUCGGUGGAGGGCUCCUUUGCCCUUCCUACCAAUACAACCACACAGCCAUAUGAUGAUGAACCACCCACAUGCAUGGAAGUCAAAGGGCAGGAACUUGACUUACCCAAAAUGUUUGAUGGUGACCAUAGUAAAACCCAAGCUGGGAAAAUGGAUGUUUCAGAUUCAGAGAUGCAGGAAACCAUACACACUACUAGCAUUUCUCAGGAAGGUGUGGUAGAUAAGAUUGCUGUACCUGAAGAUCCCUUACUCCCUGAAAGAGCUACAUCAGUUGACCUUCUGUCCACUUUGUCUUUAACUGACGUUAGCUGCAAAGAGCAAGAUCCUCAAGCUUCUGUGAAGAAUUUUAGUGCCGCAGGUCAAAUAGACGAUAAACCAGAGAAACCAUCGCUUCCAAAUGAUCCAUCUCAACAGGAAGUUGCCACCUCAGUCAUGCCAACUCCUACAAUUAGGACUUGCUCAGAGAUGGACACCUCUGUGUCUUUGGAGGUUGUUUCUAGCAUUGUCGGUAUUGAUAACCAGCAAAGCAAAGAAACAUUACCUGAUUCAGACAGGGAGAUCACACCAGGCCUUAAGAACUUGACUCCAAGUCCAGGCUCAUUAAUACUCCCAAGCAUUGAGGAGGACAACAUGAAACCCCAUGAAGCAGGAAUACCAACUAGACCAGCAAGUUCCUCUGAACCUGAUUCAAUAGAAAACGAGAUUGAGCUCUCCAAGACUUGCAAGCAUCUAGUGGUGCCUCAUGAUGAAGAUUCAAUGAUGUUGACCCUGAGCAACCUUAAAGUAAUCCCAGAAGCAAUCAGUCCUCUUACAAGUCCGGUACGCCAGAUAAAGAAGUCCCAGCAGCAGCAGCGCUUGGGAAAGGAGCCCCAUGUCAAGAGUCUCGGUAAAGAUUUCUCAACCUCAGCCACAGUGGGAGAUAAGGAAGCAGUAAAGAUGGACAUGAACAAAGAAAAUAAAAGACCUGAUUCUUUAGUCAAGCUUAGUGUGAAAACAGAUCAGCAAGAUGAUCUUUCUACUACUGCCACUGAGGAAGACUUAGAAGAAGGGGAAAUAAUCAGUGAGAGCGAUGGGGAAGGCACUCUAGUCAUUCAGAGUCCCCAGAAUGAGAAAAGGUCAAGUUUGAGAAACCAGACCAGUCCCAGAUCACAAAGGUUGCAAAACAAAUCUCAAACGCGAGCUGCUGUUACUCCUACCCGCAAAGAGAAAGAGAAAAAUGUGCCCCCUAAAGACAGUCCCUCCUCGAACAAGAGGCGUUUCAAGACAGUCACCGUUCCGCCCAAGGCGAGAAUUUCGACUGCGACCGAAUUUAUGAACAUGUUGUCGUUUAUACGGUCAGAAUUGAGACGAAAGUACAUGAAACUUCAUAAAAAUGUCGCCAAACCAGCCUUCUGCUGCAUCAUUGAAAUGUCCCAGGCCUCCUUCACGGAAUUCGUCGACAGCGUUAACUUUCACAAGUUUUGCAGUCAAGGUAACGAAAUCAAACCUCGACUCAAUAAGAUCAUCACGUCUGUAACGAGCAAGGUCUCGAGCAACGGCAUCGUGAACCGAAUCUUUGAGCAGCGAGCUGAAGACCUAAAGCAGAAGCUGUGGAACUUUGUAGAUGGCCAGUUUGACUUCUUGUUCAAGGAACUAAAAGCAGCACUUAAAGGCGCUCCAGAUCUUUUCAAGAACAAAUCUUCUUCAGAAAGUAAGCAGCCAAGUGCAAAAGAGGAUUUGAAUGUGGAUCUGUGCAAGAUACAGUGUAAAGAACCGUUAAGCACGACUGAAAACCGACCACAAAAAAUGUCUACAGGUGAAAUAGAGAGCGAGUGCCAAAAUGUCCAGGAGAAGAUCAGUCCUUCAAAUAGUUUGCCAUCCAGAAGUAGAGGCCUUGGUAGCAGUGGUAAAAACAUAAAGGCAACCAUGGAGGAGGGGGCCAAAGUACCAGAAGUACCAAACCCUAGCUCUAACCAGUCUAAUCCGCUUCAAUCAGGUUCCUUCUCUGAGAAAUCUCACAAUGAAAGCGUACCCGUGCAUGAAAACAAAACAACCAUACCUGCCCCAAGCUAUACCCGACGUCUAUCUCACAGCGGAUCGAUCCAAGAUAGGGCGGACUUUGAAAUCCUGACAGAGCAGCAAACGUCAAGUUUGACCUUUAAUUUGGUAACGGAUUCCCAAAUGGGAGAUAUAUUCAGAUGUCUUUUGCAAGGAUCUGAUCUAAUGGAGGCUGGUGAUAAUCAGAACUGGCCACUUAACACUCCACGGAAAGAGGGCCAAGCAGGGGAAAGUCUCGUUGGCCUCAUGACCCCCAGCAAGAUGAUAACGCCUUCAAAGCUCAUCACCGCAUGGACAUCCAUUUCGCCUUACAAGUUUCAAAUGCCAUUAAAUCCAGCACUCCUUGAUGAAAACUGCAUGUUGGAAGUUCCGACUAAUGCUCUACCAAACCACUCUGCCCUUCCUGCGUCAACUGCGACGUCCCAGCAUUCUUUCUCGAUUUUAGCUGAAGAUUUGGCCGUGUCCCUUACCAUCCCUUCACCCUUGAAGUCUGAUGGCCACUUGAGCUUUUUGCAACCGAUGAGUGGACAGGCGCUGACCACGCCAAGCAACAUCAUCAGCGCCCAUUACAGCGAGGAUGCGCUCCUUGAUGGAGAGGAUGCCACCGAACAAGACAUCCACUUGUCUCUCGAAACGGACAAUUCCAGCAGUCCGUCAGGUGGCAGUGGAAAUUGGGAGGCUACAACCCAACCAGCAUUCCAUUUCAAACCAAACAUGCCCAUGCAAGCCGAAGUAAUGGAGAAGUCCAAUGACCACUUUAUAGUUCGUAUCAGACACACGUCUCCUAGGGUACAAGAGCACACGGAAAUGGAGCCCACGGAAAUGGGGCACACGGAAACGUUGCCGGACGCCGAGGCAUCAUCUUUACUUACAUUUGCUCAGAGUGUACCCUUGGCAGUUCAGCCCCACACCAUUGCAAACGAAGUAAGUGAAGCUGAAAUAUCGAGAGAGUUCACCUCACACGUGGUCCCUAGAGAAUGCAGUCCCAUCAGCGUUCCUAAAACCACGGAGAACCUGAUCGAACAAUCUGCUAAUGAUGCCGAUGCCUCCGGAUUCACAGCCACUACAGAAUUGGAGCCUGAGGUAAAGGAGGCAAGCAACAGGGGGUCCAAGAAACGCAAGAAGCAUCAUUCAGGGCCGAAAGCGAAACGUUCAAAAAGAGAAAAAUCACAAGACCGACAAGACAAACAAAGGCACAAAAAGAGGUCAAAAUCAUCGAAGGAGAAAAUCGAGACGACUCCUUUAAAGAGGGUCAAGACGCCGUCUCCCCAGUUGUCUCCUAACAGUCUCUCAGCUAAGAAUGUCAUCAGGAAAAAAGGGGAAGUGGUGGUGACCUGGUCUAGGGAGGAAGACCGAGAUAUUCUGGUUGCACUCAAAACCAAAGGGGCCUCCUCUAAAACAUUUGCUGCUCUUUCAUCUAAGUUAGGAAAGUCACAAGCACAGAUCGAAGAGCGGUUCACCCAGCUAAUGAAACUUUUUAAGAAGAAAGAGAAAAUGGAGAGCUGAGGCAUCGAGGCCGCAGAAUAAUGGAGACCUUCUUAGUCUUGGUACCACAAGACGGGCAGAGAAACCAGCAGGUUGUUCUUGAGAAUCUAUUGAGUGCUGCGCAAUAAUCUACAGCACUCUGGUCAAGAAUCUACGCCAAUUUAGGCAAUUCUAGGCAACACUUGCCAUUGGACUGCACUCGGUCCAUCUCUCUCCAUCAGUGCAGGUCAUUUGGUGUCACUUUCCUUCCAAUUAAGGUGGAAAAGUUGAAUAACAGUAGAGAGUUUCUUUAGAACAUAAUUUACUGAGGACUCCUUUUUACCUUGUACCAUCUACCUCUGAGAGAUGUUUGAAGUAUGAGGUGGUGUAAAGCCUGACAGACCGUAGACCUGUGCUCCACAAGUCUUCAACUGCAGCCACUGUACAGUACCAUAAAAAACAUGGUUCCUCCCUGAAUUUUACAUACUUCCUAUAAUUUUCAAAUGUCAAGGUCAAAGCCUCCCAAUAAACAGCCGUUCAUUACAAUUUUAAAUUUUCUUGCUCCUUAGAUGAUCACCAGGCCUGCAGGCUUGUCUUGUGUGUAUAUAUUCUAAAUGUAAGAGGAGUUGGAGGCUUUUAUGUCAAAUUUACACCACUUUUUUAUUUUGCUCUGAAUGGAAGCGAUUGCAAGACAGCCUUUCUGCCAAAACGUCCUGUUUGAAUAAAUAUUCUGUAAAUAUUGUAAAAUGCAA